AUGAGUUCUACUGAUCUUACUGCCAUUCCUCCUCAACGUUCAAGAUCAGGGUCAAGAUCAAGAUCAAGUUCUAAAAAUAGAACCCAACCCAAUUCAAGAUCUUCAAGUGGAACUAGAAGACCUUCAUUAAGUGGAAGAAGAUCGUUAUCAAGUUCUUCAUUAACCAAAUUAACCGUUACUCAAACCAAUAUUGAUACUGAUAGAUCAAUUCCAACCGUUGAUAUCACUUUAGAUAAUAGUUUACCAUUAGAUUUCUUUAAACAAGAUUUAUUAGCUUUGAUUAAAGCUUUAAGAAUUAGUAAAUGGCAUAAACGUCAAUUAACUGUUUCUAAUUUGAUUGUUAAUAGAAUCAGUGGAGCUUUAACUAAUUCAAUUUAUAAAUUAGAAUAUUUUGAUCAUCAACAAAAUUUAAGAUUACCUUCAUUAUUAUUAAGAGUUUAUGGUAAGAAUGUGGAUGAAUUAAUCGAUAGAGAACUGGAAUUGAAAACUUUAAUCAAAUUAUCUCUGAAAAGAAUUGGUCCAAGAUUAUUAGGGAUUUUCACUAAUGGUAGAUUUGAACAAUUUUUAGAAGGUUUUAUAACUUUAGGUAAAAAAGAUAUUAGAGAUCAAAUUAUAUCUCAAAUGUUAGGUAGAAGAAUGAAAGAUUUACAUUAUAAAAUUGAAUUAUCCCAUGAAGAUUUAAAUUCGUUACCUAUGUCAUGGAGAUUAAUUAUAAAAUGGUUAGAUUUAUAUGAACAAGAAUAUUUACCAAUCCAUUUAAAGAGUGAAUAUGAUCCAACCGAUGUAUUCUUUGUUGAAUUCCAAAAAUUCAAACAAUUAGUUUUCCAAUAUAAAGAUUGGUUAUUCAGUAAAUAUGAUCAAUCAUCAUUUUCGUCAAAUUAUAAAUUUUGUCAUAAUGAUACUCAAUAUGGGAAUUUAUUAUUACAUGAAUCAUUCGAUCGUCAAGAUAUCAUCAAUGAUGAUCAACAUAAUGACGAAGAUACCGCUAUCACCGUCACUUCCAAUAAGAAAGAUUCCAAUUUAGUGGUGAUUGAUUUUGAAUAUUCAGGUUCAAAUUUCCCUGCUUUAGAUAUUGUUAAUCAUUUCUCAGAAUGGAUGAGUGAUUAUCAUGAUGAAAAACAAUCAUAUUAUAUUCAUAAUGAAAAUUAUCCAUCUCAAGUUGAACAAUUAAACUUGAUUAAGAGUUAUAUUGAAUAUGAUUUCCAAUUCCCAUCUACUAAUUUAAUCACAAACACUCAAAUCUCAUUAGAUCAACAAAAUAUUAGUGCUAGUGAUUUAAUUGAAUUUGAAAUUAAAAAAUUAUAUAAUGAAUGUAUUUAUUGGAGAGCCACUGUUCAAAUAUAUUGGUGUCUUUGGGGAUUAAUUCAAAAUGGACCAGUGAAGAUCCCAUCAUUAACUUCAAAUUCCACUGUGGAAAAGGGGGUCGAUGGAACUUAUACCAUCACCACUAAUGGAAUUGAAAACUUAUCGAUUAAUGAUAAUGAUGUGGCGGUUGAAGAAGCCAUUAGUUCAAGUGAUGAUGAUUUUGAUUAUUUGAAGUACUCCCAACAAAAGAUUGCUUUAGUGAUGGGUGAUUUAAUUCAAUUUGGAUUCUUAUCAAAAGAUGAUAUUGAUGAAAAAUAUCAUUCUAUUAUUAAAGUAUUAGAUACAAAAUUAUAUGAUAUCUAA